GCGCGCGCACGCAGCCAUCUUGUAGUGGAGCGGCUCUCGUGCACGCGUAAGCUCGACGAGUAGCCGUACUGUUCUAUCGCUCACAGUAGCUCUUCGCUUUAUAGUCAUCUUCGCGCAGCACGAGACUAGCUCUGUGCUGCUAUGAAGAGGAGCUAGUGUGCGUGUCUUGCAUGUGUGAGUGCAAGUACGUGCAUAGGCAGCAGCAGCGCGACAGAGCGAGAAAGACGAGACGACGUCGAGUCGAGAGGUUCUGCUGCUGCUGGCUGGCUGCUGCUGCUGCUGGACACACAAGUGAUCCAAGGUACAAGAGCGACCGUGAGAGUUAGUGAGCUUUCGAACAACGUCGAGCCCAUCUCCAAUGGAUUCGACCGCGCGACCGUCCCAGCCGAAGAUGACAUCAUCUAUAGGGGGCACAGAAGGCUCCAGUCCAGCCUCUAGUCCUGCAUCAGCAGCAAGUCUAGCUGCAAUGGCAGCACCAAAAUUUGGUACUUUGGUGCCCAAUAGAAUAUUUGUUGGUGGAAUAUCAGCAAGCACAAGCGAAGCUGAAUUAGCACAGCUUUUUUCUAAUUAUGGUAACGUCAAAGCUACAAAAAUUAUUGCUGAUCGAGGGGGAGUUUCGAAAGGCUAUGGUUUUGUCACGUUCGAGACUGAAGAGGAAGCCAAACGUCUUCAACAAGAGUCUGAAUGUAUUGUACUUAAAGAGAGAAAAUUAAACAUCGCUCCAGCAAUAAAAAAACAGCCAUUUAAUCGAUCAUUUGAUGGUGGAACUGGAUCUCCUCCUGCUGUACCAACAAAUCCAUAUUACUAUGCAAAUGGAAUGGCCCUGCCAUACCAGAAUGGCGUGACAUUUUAUAAUACAGGAGCUCCUGCUCCAGGAGCUGCGAUUGCUCCACCAACUGAUCCAACAGCCUUGUAUCAAGCUGCAGGAGUCUUUGGACCGCAAGCUGCCACCAGUCAUCAAACUUACGGUCCCAUGAUGUAUCCAGUACCAGCACCCUCGAUUUACAUGCCGCAACAGUAUCCAUAUUCCCCAAUGCCGUAUGAGCCGUACUUCCCAGGAACGACGGCCGCUGGGGCGCCACCCUUCCUGUAUUCAACGAAUGGCGGCACAACAUCGAAUGGCACCGGGGGUUCGUCGACAAGUGGCAGUGGCGGAGGCGGCGCCAACUCGGGUGCCACUUCUGCAGCAAGUCCAGUUUCAGGACACUCGCCACCACAAUUUCAGACCCAUUAUUAUGGGCCAAGCACCACACAUCAUCCCCUUGGUGCCAUGGCUGCUGGUGCACCUCAUCCACCACCACAGAUGGAGCAUAUCUACUAUUCUUAUCAGCCACAACCGCACCAUGCUGGACCUUUGACUUUGCCCGGUGAUCAGCAGUUGCUUGUCUACGCCACAGAGAUCGGUCAGCCUCCAGCGAACGAAUCGCAAGUAUGUCAGGAGGACACCCGCUCGACAUCGAGUCAUACUGAGCAGUUGCAACAGCAGCAGCAACAUCAACAGCAGCAGCAUCAGCAACAUCAGCAACAACAACAACAACAACAGACCGCUACGGCAUCGGACAGCGGCGGCGGUGGUAGUAACGCGACGAGCCCACCGUCGACCGUAGAGCCAACGGCGCCAAAAUAUCCCAAUCCCCGUUACACAAAUCCUACCUUAUCCUCCACCAUCAUUCCAGCCUUAGUUGGCAACGUGUUGCAAGGCGAUGACUCGGAACAGCAACAACCGCCAAUGCAGCAGCAACAGCACUAUCCGGUUUCCAUUUAUCCGACUCCCCUUUACAUUCCGCAUCGUGGCGGUGGCGCGAGCCUCUUGCCAACUCCUCCCUCGAAGCCUUUGCCCUACGGCCAUAAGCCACCUCUAGUUCAGCAAUCGGCCUAUGUUGGUCGAUCGGCAUUCCAAGCGACAAAGUACCCUCGCGUCUCCACUCCUCCCGCACGAUUGUCACAAUAUAACAAGCGCGGUACACCUAUGACUGCUUCCGCGAAUACUUGUUACUUUCAGCAAAAAGCCACGUGUCCCAGAAGCGUUAGUCAACAGCAGUUCGUUUACGGUGCUUAUACCAUGCCUUUCCAGAAACCUGGCUAUGCUUAUGAGUACGCGAAUGGUGUUCACUCGAAACCAUCAACCCGGGGUAGGCACGUGAAUGUAAAUAGUUAUCGUGGUCCGAAUCUGACAAUGAGUGCGGAUCAUCAACAACCACAGCAACCGCAACAGCAGCAGCCGAAUGAUACGGCGAGCGAGCCUAGUCCUAUUCCUAAUCACUCACCUUCUCCCAACCCCACCCAGGUCCAGUUCUUCGGGCCGCCGGCUCAACGGGUGUCCUCCGCACAACCGCAGCAGUCACAGCGCAGGUACCCGACAUCCUCUAGCAGUAUGCGCGGCAAACCACCGAUGCGAGGCCAACAGCAGCAGACGAGCAAGUACAAGAUAAAUGGUUUAGUGAGCGGCGGUGGUGCUACUGGUGGCAAAAUACCAGUGAAUGAGGCGAGCCUCGGAGGAGCUGGCGACGCACCGCCGAUGUUGCCGAUCACACCCCCGACGACUCCUCAAGGUGGAAGUAGUGGUAGUAGCAGUACCGAGCAGCAAGUGAACGAGUCGUGCCAUCAGAUUCAGGCGCUCAGUCUUUGAGAUGGUUGCCAGACUUUAGUUUGUUGGCUGUUAUCGUCGCAGCUUUCUCAUCGCAGUGCAGUGUUACAGAAAGAGAGGGAGAGGGGAGAGAGGAGAGAAAAGUGAGGAGAGAAAAGUGAGGAGAGAAAAGUGAGGAAAGAAAAGUGUACGCCUCAUCACUUGUGUCGGAAGCCAGACCCACUCGUUGUUAUUGUUCUUGUUAUUAUAUAUUCAUUAUCGAUUGUGAGCUACGUGGAUGUAUUGACGAUAUAUGUAUGUAGAGUAUAUGUGUAUAAUGAGCGACGAUAUGAGUGCGAUUUAUUUUGCCUGUUACCGCGUAUUCCCGCUACCACCACCACCAUUACCACCACACGAAAAAUUACCUCGGAUCAUUAUACUUUUUUGAAAAUCGUUAUCCACAUAUCUACACACAUACGAAAAAAUCAUACCAAGAUCAUGAUGAAUCUCGGUGAACCGACUUGUUGAAUAUUUAUAGUAAGAUGAUUUAUGUGACGAUAAAUUCAUUAAAGCUGAGAGAAAGAGGGGUGUGUAUAUAUGUAUAUAUAUAUAUACACAACAUAUAUAUACAUAUAUAUACACAUAUAACAUUAUUAGUUACAUGAGGUACGAUAUAUACAAAGGCAUAUAGUAUAUAUAUAUAUCUAUAUUAUCUCUCACGUAUAUAUUGCAAAACGCUACGUAUAUACAUUAUCUUAUAUAUCUAUUAUACACUUAAAAAAUCAACUGCAAUCCUUUUCCUUCAAAAAACUAAUAAGAAAAAAGAAAUACAAGCUCAGUUGGAUAUUAUAACAAUAUAUAUAGCUAUAUAUAUAUAUAUAUACAUAUAUAUAUACAAAAAACGAUUAUUAAAAAAACAUAAUAUCAUUACAUGAUUGCAUGUAAUGUGGAGAAAAAUGACGAUAGGCUCGACAACAAAAAAAAAGCAUGAAUCUCGCGAGCAAGGCUAGAGUAGGUAGACGGAUGAGACUACGGUAGAAAAGAUACAAAAUAAUAUUAUCGUACAAAUGUAUGAGCGAUCUGUCAUGUGUUCAAAAGAUUUAAAACAAAAUAUCGGGGGCUUUUUUGACGAAAAAGCAGAGAUAUGUCAUUUCAUAAACAAACAAAACAAAAAAGCAUACAGUUGCUCAAGGCACUGCCACGUCCGGAUUAUUUUCUAUGUGUAAAAGUAUCGUAUCAAUAGUUUUUUUUUAAAUCAUUUUCUUUUUUUUUAAUAAUUUUUUUAAUUUCAAUGAUCAGCUAUUGAAAAUUUGUCUUUUUUUUUCAUCAUGCAGAGCGUUAGUUACUUUGUCAAAUGUCAGUUUAUUGAUUCGUUCCAUUGUUUAUUAUAUUAUUUUAUUCGAUUGAUGGUAUAAAAAAUGAAUCUGUUGCGUUAUGUUAGUGUAAUGAUUAGCUUGAUUACUUGUGUCGUGAUUAAUAAAAAAAUUAAAAAAUGGAAGCGAUGAAAAAUGAAUGGAAGCCCCGUGCCCAAAAACGAAUAAAGAUUAAAUAUAAAAAAAGUGGUGAAUUUAAAUGUGUUGGCUGUGAGCUUCCAAGCGAAUAACAAUAAUUAAAUUAUUAAAAUAUUAUAAAAGAUUAAAUAAUAUUCUAUCUAAUUGUUAUUAAUACUAAUUUAAUUUAUCGACGAAUAAAGAUAAUUUGUUAGCUCAGUCAGGAGUAUUGUAGCUUGUAUUGUCUACUAAUAAGAACAAUGAAACGGAAUAAGAAUGUGACAGAAAAAAGGGGCAAACCAAGAAGCUUUAUGUUAACGAAGAGUAAAGUAAAUGACCGUUGUAGUAAAAUGCGGCAAAUUUACUGUAGCUACGUAGAACUAAAAGAGAAAAAAGCGAAGCUCGUAUGAAAAUAUGAAAUAUAUGACGGCAAAUAUAAUGCGAUAUGGCCUAGAACAGAUUAAGAAAACUUGUGAGUUGUUACAAAGAUGCUAAUUUAUUAAAAAGAAGAGUGCCUUCUAUUUGUUUUCGUGGUUGUAUUGUUGAACGUUUGUUGCGUUACGUUCCGAAAGCCUCUACUGUUGUUAUAAUAAAGAAGGAAAAACGUCUAAAGAAUGUUGUUCCUCUAUUUAUUUAUUGAUUUACAAAGUCCGCCAGCAGGCUAGUUAUCAUUCAGCGAAUUUGGAAGUGUGAAAGUAUACGUUGUUACGUUGAUGUUGACGAUUAGUGAGAGUUGAAAAAAGAGCGAGAACAAAGAAAAAAUUAAAAAAACAAAGCAAAUAUGUUAUAAACGAUAUUUAAGAGUCUAUGUAAGGAGUCAAAUUUCAUCGAUGACGUCGAUGCCACAAAAAAAAUACAUGCAUUGUCACACGUCAAAAAGUUGCUCAUUUCAGUAUCUACAUUUCUAUUCGUGUAAUUUGGAUUGACUGAGUUCUCACUGAUUACGAGCAAUCGAUUAUUCAAGUCACUUUACUAUAUUGUUGUUAAGUCUACAUUAUCAAAUACCUAUGAAAAAAUUUACAUACAACACUGUCGGCGUUGUGUGAUGGACUGUUAUUUGGCUUGAAUGAUUGUGGCAUAACAACGGUACCUAAUGAAAUAAAAAAAGGCGCACUUUUGAUUAUCUGUGUCAACUCAGUCAAUAAUUUCAGCAAUAUUUAAUUACUAGUAGUAACGAAUACGCCAUUGGGAUUUAAAGAAUAAAUGAAGAUAUGUGAGUGAACGUAUAUCACGAUAAAAAAUCUCGUCAUCAUAAGCAUCUACUCGAACGUGGAGAGAUGGCUGUGACUAUACUGUGUGCAAGUGAAAGAAUAAUAUAUAAACUUAUAUGGUAAAUUUCUCUCGAUAUACGUGUAUAUCAAUGAAAAAGUGAACAUAUUAAAAUAUAGAUAAAUAUAUAUCUAUUUGAAAAGUAUAAAAAAAAAUUAAUCUUUCCAUGUUAAAUUUGGCGUUUAUUUGCAGUCACUUCUUCAAAGAUGUUGACGUUUGUUAAUUGUUACAUUUGUGCAAAUCGAAACGCGAAAUUCAGUAUGGAAUGCAAGAUAUGCGGUACAUAAAGAAAAGGAUAUAUUAAAAGUACUUCGUAUAAAUCUGUAAAGAUGAUAGGAUUUAGCAGAGCGUAAGUUAGUAAAUAUGUGUUAUACACAUUUGAGGACAUGUUUUUUUUUUCAUUUUAAGAAAUAUAGAGUAUGUUUAAUUAAACAGAAAAAAGUAGAAGCAUUCGAAAUAUGAAACUGACUGCAAGGAAAGGACAAAGUGGAUAAAUCAAUAAAACAAUAUAGAUUUCUUAAAAAAUUAUUGUCUUGAAUUCACUUAUUUUAGAUAUACACGAUAUACUUUAAUUUGACAAAAAUAAAGCACAAUGUACAUACCGCAUUAAGGUUCUUCCCACGAUAUCCGUAAUACACUAGAAUAUGCAGAAUAUGAAAAUUUUUUGCUUUGAAUGUUUGUUUAAACCACAGAUCGUCGGUAAUUAAAAAAAAUAUCAACAAAUUUUCAUAAAAAAUCUACAAAGACAAUCGGAGUGAAGUAGUAAGAAAAAUUUUUUCAUACUUUUAAAUUCUAAUGUUACGGUUAUCGAUAACGACACCUUCAUUGAACAAAAUUUUGAAUUUCAAAACUGAUGUAGAGCAAAUGUUAUUAAAAGCACUAAAUUUAUUAAAGUGUUGUGAAUUAAUUUUGAAAAUGAACACAAUAUAAUCCACUUUGUCUAAAAUAAAUAUAAUUAUAUAUUUUAUUAUGAUAAUUAUCGUAGUUAUAUUUAUUAUGGGAAAACCAAAAAUAUAAAUAGAACAUCAGGAUGUUUUAUCGAUACUUAUAGAGAAACACUGAUUAUCGGGAAUGUGUCAACAAAAAUUGAAUAUGCCUGAAAAUAUUGCUAAAAAAGAAUAAAAAACGAUAAGUAGAUUGUAGUUUAUGAAAAUUUACUUUUAUCAAAUCUAUCGAGCAAUAAUUUUAACGCGAUAAGAGAAAAGGAGUAAGUGCACGAACGAUGGUCUUAUAAGUGUAGACUAAACACAUAAUAAAAUACAAAUUCAUUCAGAAAAUAUAAAUAUGUAUAAUCUUUGUAAAAUGAGAUAUAUCGAUGAAUAUUUUUUUUAAGAAAAAAUCGUAGUAUUUUUAUUUAAAAACUGCUCCGUUAAAAAUAGAAAAUCAAUCAGUACUGUUUACUCUUUAAUAAAGCCAAAGAUUCCUCAACGAUAAUAGAUUAUUCAUUUUUGGUUUUGUUUGAUUUAUCUAGAUGAAUAUUCGAUUUAACUAUCUAAUUAACAAUAGAGACAUGGUAGAAAUUACUAGAAAAAAGUGUAUGUACAGCUAUAAGAAUAGAUUUGAGUAUAACAAUUUUCCCAGCAUUUAGACAAAUAUAAAUUCUCAUUAAAGUUAUGAAAUAUGGUACAUGAAAAUAAAAACAAUUAUAAUUCAAGGAAUAUAAUUUCGUAUUACUUAUUUGUUUGACCUAAAAAAAUUUAACCUGGGCAAAAUGAAACUUAAGGUUGUUAUGAUGGAACGAACUCUUCGGAAGUAUUUUUUUUUAUAUGAAACCUUACUAAUUAUUUUAUAAAAUGAUUAUCCAAGUUUUUUGAAAUCAUCUACUUGAAACUUUACCAAAGUUGUUACUUUCUACAAAUUAUCUUUUAUAUAUCGAAAGACUAAUUGUUAAAAGAAAAUAAGUAUUAAAAAUAAAUAAAAUUUUUAUAAACAAAAAAAAUAUUUAAAAAAGUGUGUAAGUUUUGCAUCACAUUCUCGAUGUUCACAGAUACCUGUAAUAAAACAAUAUGCUACUUGAAAUGAUCAAAUAUUUAAUAGAACAGUGAUCGAAAAAUUGUUACAUAUUUGGUUGGCUUAAACAAAUUAUAGGUUUCGAAAGAAAUAUGCAAAAUUAUAUCGGAAUGAAAGCUUCUUUCAAAAGAAAAUUGAAAUUCAAAACGAUCGAAAAUAUCUAACAGUAAUUUAUUGCAAUGAUGUAUUAACUCUUCAUCGCUCUUGCACGAAACUCCAGUUAAUAUUUUCGCAUGUAUGAAUGUAUAACUCAAACUCUGCAGAGAUAAUUUAUGUAGAUUCAUUACGAAGAUGGUGUAAUUUAAGCAGGUGAUCUACAAUAACAAAAUAUAUAUAUGGAAAAAUAAACAUGUAUAUUAUAUUAAAAAAUGCAUCUAUAUUAUUUAAGAGGUAAAUUAAUCACAAUACAUAAUAAAAAAUAAAAUAAGUGAAACGCAUACUGUAGAAAAGAAAUAAUAAUUGACAAGUCAAAAUCAACAACUAUGAAUAUAACUGUAUAAAUCUAUGGAAACCUCUGGAAAGAAAUACUUAAAUUAUCUCAUCUAAAAUA